GAAGUGGCCAUGGGCCUGCGAGCACAGCUCUCCGAAGUGAACCACAAGCUGCGAGAUCUCGGUGCCAGCCAGCGUUGCUUGACAAGGUUCGUGCGCAGCCAGAACUUCGAGUACAUCGUGGUGGCAGUGAUCGUGACACACACGAUUCUCGUGGGAGCGCAGAUCAACUGGAUGACUCUCAACGGGCGUCCAGACCCUUCCCUGCCGUUCCGCGUGAUCGACAUUAUCAUUUGCACCUUCUUUGCCAUGGAGGUCGCGCUAAGACUUGUUGUGCACGGCCUCAAAUUCUUCUGGAUGCUGGGUUGGGGCUGGAACGUACUCGAUUUCUUCCUGGUUGUUGCGCAGCUGGUGGAGGAGGCCUUGAUCUUGGCAAACAAGGAGACCUCCGGUGUUGUGGAUUUUGCGGUGCUCCGCAUCGUGCGCAC